AUGGAGGGUCUUCUCGCCGAGAUCAACAAGAAGAAAUCGAAGGACUUUGCGCCCGCAAAGCCAGAGGAGAAGUACCUCUCCCGCGGCGAGAAGGAGCGGCUGCGCGAGGAGGCAGAGCGUGCCGAGUGUGAGCGGCGUGAGGCGGAGCGCGAAGCAGCCAAGAAGCGCAAAGCCGAUGAAGCGCAGGAAGAGCGAGCAACGAAGAUGAGGAAGGAGGUGAGCUCGAGAUCUCCGUCGGAAGCUGACAAGCAGGCGGAGAAGUCGCGCUCGCAGGCUGCCGAGGCAGUCGCCGAUGACAGCGAGGACCGGUACGCGAUCAGUCCCGAGGAGUGCACUCGCCGACUGCGACUGUUCGGCGAGCCAAUCCGAUACUUCGGCGAGACAGAUUCUGAGCGGAAGAAGCGUCUGAAGGCGCUGGAGCUCGAGAGCGAGUCGCGCGGCGGGCUGAAGCAGGUCCAGAAUGACUUCAAGAAGGCGAAGGAGGAUCUCGACCGGCGAGAGCAGGAACGACGGGCGCGCGGUGAGGCGUCUGGAGCUGGAACACCUCAACCAUCGAGUAAAUCAGAGGAGAAGGCGAAGCAGUACACGUCCGAGCUGCUCGACCUCGAGCUCAUCAAGACCGACUUCAACAAGCUGCACCCCAUCAUCUUCUGGAACUUCAAAGCGCUCCUGAAGGAGUGGGAGGAGUAUCUGGAGGCGCGUCCCGAGGACGUUAAGAAGAGCGCGGCGGGGAAGCUUGCGUCCACGACACAGCUGCAGAGCGCGCAGAACCUGAAGCCGUUGUUCAAGAAGCUGCGCAACCGCGAUCUCGACAACGACGUUGUCAUCUCGCUCGCGGAGAUCGUGCACUUUGUCCAGAAACGCGAGUACCGCAACGCGAACGACAGCUACCUCAAGCUCUCGAUCGGUAAUGCCGCCUGGCCGCUCGGUGUCACGAGUGUCGGUAUCCACGAGCGUUCGAGUGAUUCGAAGAUCACGCACAACGUCGCGCAUGUCCUCAACGACGAGGUCAGCCGAAAAUACAUCCAGGCCGUCAAGCGGUGA